UGGGUACAAAAAUGUUAUCGAGGGAUUUUACGGGGUUAAUUUCAUAACUAAGAUAAAGAUCUGGGGUUAAUUUUAAAUAGUAUAUUCCCUGUCAAGCCCACGCAGCUUCCUCCUCCUCUUCCCCGUCAGAAACACGACACCAAAAAACUUGUACCUCUAAAAUUCCCUCUUUUGAUUCUCUCAAUCUCACUCUAAUUUCUGCAAAAUUAAAGCUUUUUGAUUCAUUUCACAUCUCUAUUUUUCCUCAGAUUUCUCAAACAUUGCAGAUCUUCAGGUUUUUAUUUAUAAGCAGUGAAGCGUUCACUAGUUGUUUAGAAGUUGGUGAAUGUGAUUAAUGGGUAGUAGUGAGAUGGAAAAAUCAGGUAAAGAGAAAGAAACUAAGACUCCACCGCCUUCGUCUUCUUCUUCUGCUCCUGCUACUGCUGUUUCACAGGAACCUUCUUCUUCUGUGAGUGCUGGAGUGGCUACUCAAGAUUGGUCUGGUUUCCAGGCUUAUUCUCCUAUGCCACCUCAUGGUUACGUAGCAUCAAGUCCUCAACCUCACCCUUAUAUGUGGGGCGUUCAGCAUAUGAUGCCUCCUUAUGGAACACCGCCUCAUCCAUACGUUGCAAUGUAUCCUCCAGGUGGCAUGUAUGCACAUCCUUCAUUACCUCCGGGGUCUUAUCCAUAUAGUCCCUAUGCAAUGCCUUCUCCUAAUGGAAUGGCUGAAGCUUCUGGUAAUACUGGUAGUGUUACUGAGGGUGAUGCCAAACCAUCUGAUGGGAACGAAAAAUUGCCUAUCAAAAGAUCAAAAGGAAGCUUGGGAAGUUUGAAUAUGAUUAUAGGAAAGAAGAAUGAAGCUGGAAAAAACUCAGGAGCAUCUGCUAAUGGAGCUUGUUCUAAAAGUGCUGAGAGCGCUUCUGAUGGAUCAAGUGACGGAAGUGAUGCAAAUUCACAAAACGACUCUGGCUCUAGACACAACGGGAAGGAUGGUGAAACAGCUUCAGAGAGUGGUGGUUCUGCUCAUGGACCACCCCGUAAUGGAAGUAAUCUACCGGUGAACCAGACCGUCGCAAUCAUGCCAGUGUCGGCUACAGGUGUUCCAGGCCCACCAACAAAUCUAAAUAUCGGAAUGGAUUAUUGGAGCGGUCAUGGGAAUGUUUCUGCAGCAGUUCCUGGAGUUGUAGUAGAUGGGUCCCAAUCACAGCCAUGGUUACAGGUUUGUGAUGAGAGAGAGCUUAAGCGACAGAGACGGAAGCAAUCCAAUAGGGAGUCUGCUCGUAGAUCCAGGUUGCGUAAACAGGCGGAGUGUGAUGAGCUAGCACAACGAGCAGAGGUUUUGAAUGGAGAAAACUCAAGUCUUAGAGCAGAAAUUAACAAGCUCAGAAGCCAAUAUGAAGAGCUUCUUGCUGAAAACAGCUCUCUCAAGAAUAAGUUUUCGUCAGUCCCGUCACUAGAAGGAGGAGACUUGGACAAGAACGAGCAAGAACCACAGAGAAGUACACAUCAGGAUGUUGCGUAGACCACUCGUGGUUCCGUCAACAACUCAGCUUGACUCAGAGAACAGCAGCUAACAGAUCUUUGUAAUUUUAGGAACCAGAUUUGGUGAGGUUUCUUUAGUGUUUAAACUUUGAUGGUGCGUUUAAGUAGGAGGAAGCAGGAAAUAAUAGUAUCUUCUUUACCAAAUUGUGUAUAUAUUUUCUGCAGAUUUUGUGCUUUUUUUUUUGUCUCAAAAAAAUAGAUUCUAGACGCAUUGAGUUCAGCGAUUGCGUUUGGGUGGAAUAGAGAGAAACGCAAACGCUAAUGUUCAUCUUUAUAAAGUUAUAAACCCUUUGUUUGUAGAACUCAAAUGUUAAAUGGUUUUAUGCUAAUGUGGAUUGUGUUUGUGGUCUGUA